AUGAACCCCCAGCCCUGCUUGCUGGACGACGGCUUGUGCAAACUACCAAAAGCGCAAUCGGUUGGGCAGGUCGACGAACUCUCUCUACUAGCCCCUUCCGAGGACGGCUGCCAUGUGGCUAUGCUGGGACGAGCGGGAGUUGUCGAGGUGGUGGAACAGAGACUGUUGAACGGAUCGGAAGACGUUUACCCAAGUCCUGCAUCGAGGCCAGUGCAGAAGAGUCCGGUAUAUGGCUCCUGGCGGCGACUAAAUCCUAGCCGGAGGAGAAGGUCAUCUCUGGAUUCAGCUGAAGAAAUGGUGCAAAAAAACGAUGUGUUACGACUAAAUCUGAGGCUGCCUCAUUCCCCACGCAAGAACCUCAUCGCGAACAUGCACAGAAAUCGAGUAGAGUCGUCGACAAACGAUGCGCCCGCACGACGACGUUCAACGACAGCCACCGUUCCGUCUUCCGUCGAUUUCAAUCUUUCACGAUCAAAUUCCCUACCGGUACAGCCACUGUCUGGUACGCAAUCUUGGCCGCAGCAUGACCAUUCAGUUUUCACUUCUUCUCUGAUCCAUCCCUGUGGCAUUGUACCUCUUCUCACACCACCGGAAGACCUGGACGCCUUCAAGUGGGACAGUCCUGUGCAGGCUCCUGCCUCUGAGGGCAUCCGCGCUGUGUCAGACUAUGACCCAGACCGGUCUCAUCGACCAGGCCCCAACGAGACAAGUGAGCCGCGGCCGCGGUCCACCUCCAGACCGUCAGGUAUCCAAAUGCCGGAACGGACGGAUCUCUCGCAAGACGACUCUAGUCGAUCGGACUGGCUGGGUCGAGUGUGUCAGCAACUUGUAUCGAGUCUCGGAGAUUCCGCCAACCAACACCAAAUCCAGAUGGUCGUUCAAGCCCUGCCCUCACAGCCCAAGUCGAAGGAGAUCAUGUCCGUCUUCGAACAGGUGGUUCAAGCAAUACAGACUCGCUUUUCCAUCGCACCAUACAUCACCAUCACCCACGCCGUGUCCCAAGUCAUUAGCAUGGACGAGGUACCGGCGUCACCACCGGCCACCCCAAACACGAACUAUGCUGGCGACGACUAUUUUCAAGAUCAGACCAUCUUCACACAUGCGGCCAUGGUCCCCGCAUAUCAUUCCCAUCCCGGCCCUUCGACCAACGUCGGGUCUCGUCCUAGCAACAUUAUCGCCGCACCAAGCAGCAUCCAAGUCUCGAUUCUUGAGAGAUACAUCCCACCUACUACUCCUCAAGAGAUCAAGGACUUCUUCACCCUCAGUCGUCGCUCAUACCUUGCUGAUCGACUUCUAGAGCUUUCCGCAGUCAACGGUACCCUUCUACUGAUCUAUCCGACCAGGCAGGGAGCUUUAACCUUUGCUAAUAAAUACGUCAACCCUAUCAUCGAACCCUUUCUGCGCCACUUUGUCCUACUGAACGGUCUGUUCAUGCAUGUUGCGAAUACAUUGGGUAGUCUGCCGGCAGUCGAAGCCAUGAAGACAUAUGAAGAGCUGAGAGAAGCCUUGUCGGCCCUAUGUGGUACCCUUAGUCAAAGGUCUUUGUCUCGUGGUGUGGCCAGCCGUUAUGAGAUCGUCCACUCGGAGACUGCCGAUGUCGUUCUGGAUCGUUCGGUCUGGGUGAAUUGGUUUGUCGACCAGGAACACCACCGGUUGCGAGAGAAUCUGGUCGACUACCACAAGUCUGGCGGUCGGAUGCCGUCUCCCCGCGGUCAGAUUGACGUGACACCGGCAAUGCUGGCCCGCGAAGUUGUUGAUGGUGUCCGCCAGAGUCGAGAGCAAGCCGGAAACGUGGCUUUGGAGGUGGGAGUCUUUGUCAUACGGCGCUCUUCUGCUGCCCCAACUGGGUGA